CCACAAUCUCGUUCAUCAAGGAAACGUCUUUUAUUUAUCCAACACAAUAAUGGCUGCUUGUCGACAACUGCGUUGUUCUCUGAACGGACGGGUCGACAUUGGAGGGUCACCGAUGUUUAAGUUGUUGCUUUGAAGCUGCCAUCACCUCCGACAGGUGACCUUUGACCCCUGCUGUCUCCUCAGUUGCUUCCCUGGCCACGCUGCUGUCCCACAAUGCAUUGCCAGAGGCUUUUGUGUGCCUCAUACAGACCAGUUUAACUGUUGCCGCCACCUCUGCUUGUCCACAAAAAAGCAACAUAGCUGAAAGGUCCUACAUCUCUCUGAUCUUGUUCAUUGUCUUGCUGCAAUCAUGUCUGGUUCUGGCGACCUACCAGCCAUUGAAGGCUCCGGGAUGGGCGGGAUGAAGCUCCCCAUCGGGAUGACCCGGCGAGCCCUCAGCUACGACGACAACCUGGAGGCCCCCAUGUCCACGCCCCCACACGACAUCAGCAUCAACACCCUGUGGAGACGACCCGUCAUACCGGAAAGGAAGUUCUCGCAGCUGGCUGAGGAGGAUGAAGGCGGCCUUGCCAGUCAGUCCACAGUGCAGGACAACGCACCCUCCAGGUCGCCGACCGUAGUGAAAACAAAGGCCUCUUCUGUCAUCAUGAAUUCUCUAAUCACCAAGCAAACUCAGGACAGUGUGUACAAGUUUGAGCAGAGGGCGGGACUCACCGACACCAGCUACACACCCCACAAAGGACUCACCGCUGAGGAGACCAGACACCACCAUCGCAUUCCCGAAUCCCUCCAGAAAUUGCAGAUCCAGAGCAUGGAGCCCAGAGAGGAGCGUCAGAGUCAGAGCUCCUCCGCCCAGUCCACUCCAUCCAACACUCCACACAGCUCCCCGAAACAACAGCGCAGGGGCUGGUUCGGCAGUACAAGUUCAGAGGUCAGCGUUUGCUCCACCAACAGUAGCGUAGACAUGGGAGGAGGAGACAUGGCAGCAGGGGGCGUAGCAGGUGCGGUGGAAAAGUGGGGAGUGUUCGGGCCUCGGCCUCACGUCCAGAAGUCGGUCUCUGACCUGGGAUCAGAGCCCACGGCUGCAGCAGGCUUUGCGCUGCAGGUGUACCGCGGUGCCCAGAAGCCGACCCCCAUGGAGGUGAUGAAGUCGCAGGCGACGCGUCUGGCCGACGCCACCGCUCAGAACGUGGCCCCGCCCAAGAUGGAGAUCCCCUCCGUGGAGGGCCGACGGCAGGGGGCGCGCCCGCACAAGCUCAAACACCGAGACAUGAACAUCCUGACGCCCUCCGGCUUCUGAGAGGACACCCGCCGCGCGAUACUCAGACGCUAAAGGUCCCAUGAAAUGAAAUGAAAUGAAAUGAAAUGAAAUGACGUAUCUCUGCAUUUACUGUUACGCUUUUCUUAUCGUUAUACUGGCUGUUAGAUUAUAUAGGCAGUGCUUCAAAAGCUUUUCUUUUUUUUUUCUUGUCAUCUCAAAUUUAUUUCGUCUGUCCUUCCUGUCAGUAAUAAUAAGAUUUUAUGGACCAGGGUAACAACACAGUGCCAUCUCUGACAGGGAAGGUUGUAAACGUAUCAUCAGGUCAGACAAAUUUAUUCCAAAGAGAAGCUGAACAGAAAAUUUAGUUCCUAAACUGCCAUCACAGCUUGUGGACUAACUUCCUAAAGCUUGGACCUACGAUAAAUAGUGCAUUUUUUUUAAAAAAAUUUUUUUCAGCUUCAGUUUUGAUUCCAGUUAAAGCUAAACCGUUUACAGCCUUUAAAGUCAGACCAGUGUCCCUGUCCACAAAGUUUUUGUGUUAGAAAGCUGGUCUGGUGCUGCUUCUAACUACUUCUAGCAGUGUACUGAAUUAGAAUUUUUGUACUUCACCCACAACAAAUGCUUCAAUCUGGCAUUUUGGUGGUGAAAAUCUUUUCCUUUCAGCUUCACAGCCAUUUCAUGGGACCUUUAACGGCAGCUCCAACCACAUAACACGACCACUAUUUACCGUUCACCGUCUUUGCCAUUGAAACAAAUCAAUCUGUACUGCUUUCAGACAUUUGCGUUUCUGUUAUUCCUCACCGUUGUAACUCGUACAUCCAUCUGCCAGUAGCAUGCUGACGUCAACAUGGGCUCGGACCAAAUCAUUUUCCAUGAACCAGCCCACGAGUCCAGAGGAGACGGUUGGCUGCUGUCGGCCUCCAACGACCGUGGUUCACGUUUAAAAAUGAUUCCACGUAAACGCACUUUAUCCACACGGAAAUCUCAAUGUCCUCCUCAUGCUACGGAGCCCUCCAAAUCGAUGUGAGAAAACUCGUAGAUGUGUCGUCUGUCACUUCGUAUUUUACCGAGCAGGAUGGCAAAAAGAAGUCCCAUCUCAAGUCUAACCAAAUCAAUUAACAGAGCAGAAAUAUUCCAGAUAUAUUUAAAAAAAAAAAGAAAGAAAAGAAAAAAAAACUCAGGAAAAUUGGCAGGCUCCUGCUCAGUGAAACUUUUCACUCAUUUGUUUUGAUUUAAAAUGUUUUUUUUUUGUUUGUUUUUUAGAUGUUUUAAUGUAUAGAUUUUCCAUGACUUUGGUGGCAGCAGAUUUAAUUCUUUUGGGAAUCAGAAGAAAAAAACUAAAUCAAAUGCCCAGCGUGGCGUGUGUGUGUUCAAAAUAGACAAACAGAAGAAAAUAUCUUUCAAUGUGUGAGCUUAUUUAGCGCGUCUGCCUUCUCACUGUUAAAUAUGAAGGAUUUUUGUAGAGUUUUGGUUCUUAAAAGCUGCUGUGUACAUACUCUGGUCUCUUAAAGAUGUGUUUUCAGUCACACAAAAAAAAACGUUCUGCACCCCGAGAGAAAAGAUGUGGCCUUACCGCGAGAGGUAAUUAAGUUUUCUGUCUGCGGACCCAUGGAUAGAAAUUGAUGUUAUGCAAAGGUUCUGCAAGGUAAACAAAUGACAUGUAGCUCCUGGCUGAUUGCAAAUUCUUUCCGUUAUGUUUCAUUUGAUCUGCCUCCUCUAGCUCUGCUGUGCUUUUGUCCAGAUGUCGUCAGUUUUAUGUCAUCAUGCGUUGAACAAACCUAAAAGAGGACACAGAAGAAAACAAAACGUUCUGCUGUAAGGGGCUGUAGAUAUUCACUGAAUAUGACUGUUUCUGAUUUUGUUGUGUUGAAGCCGUUCCCUUUAAAUCUCUCCCCGACUGAAUUCCCACAACUGAGUCUCCUCCGUAUCUAACCGUGACUGUAAUACUGACUGUUUGAUAUUUCUUCCGUUGAUCAUAACAAGACAUUUUCCUUGAUUUGUAGUACUCUGCACAUUUUCAUUGUCUUUACAAGAACUGAAUAAAUGUUUCAUUCUCAUUGGAAA